AAAAACGACCCACAUGCUGCCAGACUCCGAAUGGGUUAAUGAAGAGCGUGUCUUUCAUCGUCAAAGAUAGCUGAGAAAUGUGGUGAUAUUAAACGCACCAGAACAAACUCUUGCGUAGGACGUAGCUGAGGAAAAGAGUGGAAAUCUACUCAUCGAGGACUGAGACGGUGGUACUUCUUGAAGCACCAUGAGCUGGAGUUUUCUUACGCGGUUGUUGGAUGAAAUCUCCAACCACUCCACCUUCGUGGGCAAGAUAUGGCUCACGUUAUUCAUCAUCUUCCGCAUUGUUUUGACUGUUGUGGGGGGAGAAUCGAUAUACUACGAUGAACAGAGCAAAUUUGUGUGUAAUACCCAGCAACCUGGUUGUGAGAACGUUUGCUACGAUGCAUUUGCACCACUCUCUCAUGUCCGGUUCUGGGUUUUCCAGAUCAUUUUGAUCACAACCCCCACUAUCAUGUACUUGGGAUUUGCUAUGCACAAGAUCGCUCGGUCAAAUGAUGUGGAGUACAGGCCAGUCAACAGGAAACGCAUGCCAAUGAUCAACCGCGGAGCCAACCGGGAUUAUGAGGAGGCCGAAGACAACGGUGAGGAAGAUCCUAUGAUUAUGGAAGAGAUCGUGCCUGAGAAAGAAAAGGCUCCAGAGAAGUCUGCUGUUAAACAUGACGGCCGGCGGAGAAUAAAGCGAGAUGGGCUCAUGAAGGUGUACAUCCUGCAGCUUCUGUCGAGGAUUAUUUUCGAGGUGGGCUUUCUCUUUGGCCAGUAUAUCCUGUAUGGUUUCGAGGUCGCCCCGUCAUACGUGUGCACUCGCAGUCCCUGCCCGCACACCGUAGACUGCUUUGUGUCACGUCCGACAGAGAAAACCAUCUUUCUGCUGAUUAUGUAUGCCGUGAGCUGUCUCUGCUUGUCUCUUACGGUGCUGGAGAUACUUCAUUUGGGCCUCAGCGGAAUUCGUGAUGCUUUUCGACGACGUGCACGCCAUCAAAGUGUUCAGCGCCCACGUGCCCCCAUAUGCAGACAGGUGCCCACUGCCCCGCCAGGGUACCACACUGCCCUGAAAAAAGACAAGCUGUCUUUGGGAAUGAAACCGGAGUAUAACUUGGACUCCGGUCGGGAGUCUUUUGGUGACGAGUCGUCAUCGCGAGACAUUGACCGCCUGCGCAGGCACCUGAAACUGGCUCAGCAACAUUUAGAUUUGGCCUAUCAGAAUGGCGAGAGCAGUCCUUCACGCAGCAGCAGCCCAGAGUCCAACGGCACUGCUGUCGAGCAGAACAGACUUAACUUUGCUCAGGAGAAGCAGGGGAGCAAAUGUGAAAAAGGGAUCCAUGCUUGAUUGAGACUCAUAGACUAUCAUUCGUCUGCUUUUCUUUGCAACGGAGCGCCUCACCUGGGAUUAGCAAUGCUCAUCUUGCAAAGUGGAAAGAGUCCAGUUUGUGUGUGUGUGUGUUGUGUGUUUUGUGUUUGGCUGCUGAACAUUGAGCGAAGCAUCAAGAGACUGAGUGUGGAACCUGUGUCCUACGCACACUGGUGAAUCUGUGAGAAUGUGUCAUGCAGUAUUAUGGCAAGUGAACGCCAUGUAGAAAAUCUCAGAAGCAGCAUUUCACCAGCCAGUUAUACUUGACAUCGGCCAGUCUGCCUGAUACUCCAAAGUGCCCAAAAGGUAGUUAGGAAAAUGUUUGUUAUACUCCUCUCUUACUAGGCGACUGUGCAAUGUCUCGUUUUUUUAUCAUCUCUUUUUAUUACGUAGGGGGGAAAAAAAUCAGUGGUUCUUCCAUUUGUUUACCACGCUUCUAAUGAAGUGCCAAGGGUUGCAUCUCAAAAAUGCCUUAAACUGGAGUUUACAUAUUAUCUUUGCCAUUCCAAAAUGAGAUGGACGAGCCAGUGUAAAACCACAUCAGAAAUGUAGUUUAGUGUAGUUAGAGCAUUUCUGUAGUUCUGUGUUUGGAGUAGUGUGUUUGUAACGGAAACCUGGAAAAUGCUUGAAUACUUGUGAAUCAAUUAUUGAUCUGCAAAGAAGCUUUUGAUUAUUUUAUUUGCAUAUUGUGUACUUGGUUGUAUAUGAGAAUUUUUGCUACUACCCCUAUUGGAACUGAAAGUCAUGGAGGCGAAUGUUUUAUAUGGUACCAAUGCAACUUUGUUUUUCUUUUUGUCUUGAAACUGUUUAAAGUAUAAGAGUUUAAUGUCUGUCAACACCCAGGUUUUCCAACUUUUGAUACUUUUUUCAACAAUACUUUUUCAACUUUUGAUACUUUUUCAACUUUGAUACUUUUUUUUUUUUAUAUCUUCCAAAACAUUUUGUACGAUUUUUUGUAAGGUAUUUUGUACACUGUCCAAAUAAAUCUUUUGUUUAAGAAUUGCAA